AUGAUUUCAUUAGGCUUGUGUACCCUCAGGCUAGCUCUGGCGAUCGCCAAAUUCAACAAUUGCGAAUUUGGAAAGCAGUUGAUCAAGUUUGACUUUCAUGGUAAUUUAUCCUUGAACUUGGAAGAAGUUAUGGUCCUUGAACUUGGGUUCCGCAUCCCUGAGCACCCAUCCACGUCGUCGGCUUUUGUGGCGCACAUCAAAAGGAGCCGCGUUCACGCUGACCUGACAGAAGGUCACCCGCACAAGGUCGCCGUGACCCGUGUUGGAAUAAUGCAAAGAGAUAUACCAACUAUUGAUGUUGACUCGAAAGUAACCUUUGACAUGGGCCUGUUUGCUCAUCCCAAACCAGGUUCUAUAAAUGCCUCGUCUGUGACACGGGACAGGAUGAGUGAAGGGAACAAGUUCCAGGCAUGUGGUUAUGGAGACCUAGUAAUACAGAAACUCAACAGUCUGCGCAACAACAAUGAACUUUGUGAUUACAAGGUGUCGGCCGAGGGACGGGUAUUUGAGGUGCACAAGGUGUUGCUGGCAGCAACCAGCGACUACUUCCGCGUCAUGUGUGGCGGGGAGAUGGCCGAGAGUAAACAGAACAUGAUUGAUCUGAAGGGCGUCACAGCUGAUGGUCUGCAGCAGGUGAUUGAUUUCAUCUACAGUGGGGAGAUGGCUCUGCACCUGGACAACCUGACGGAGAUCAUCAACACGGCGAGCCACCUGCAGGUGUCGUCUGCCCUGGAUGUCUGCAGCAACUACAUCAAGUCUCUGAUGGCGUUCGAUAACGCCGACGACUUCCUCAACAUCGCCGACACGUACUCCCUGGACGGCGUCCUCGCGCACUGGGAGAACAUGAUCCAGGAGAAGUUCUACGAGUUCAGCCAGACACAGGGCUUCCUCAAGUUCGACCCCGAGAGUCUCGCCAAACACCUGGCCCGAAACUCACUGCGGAUUGGGUCCGAGUACCAGCUGUACUGCUGUCUGGAUAGGUGGUUCCGGUUCCAGCCCAUCCGGAUCAUCAACAACAGUCUGCAGGUUCUGGGACACAUCCGGUUCGGGUUGAUGUCCGAGGGUGAGCUGGCGAUGAUCCGCGAGAGCGAUCUGAUGACGCGGUGUCCGGCGGCGGUCAAAGAGCUGGUCAACAAAGGCUACCACUAUCAUGCCAUGUCCAAGAAAGGACAUCCGCUGGUGGACGAGUGUUCGACUGUCCGCAGUGAUGCAACCUCCAUAGUUCUCAUACACCAUGGAACCUCGUAUAUGCCCUUCCAGGUGACGGCGUAUACCCACACUUCAGGGAGCUUCUACAAUCUGUACACGGACACCAACGGGAGCAGGGACUGCCGCAUCGCCGCGGUCGACAACUUUGUGUACAUCUGCCGGGUGGUGGACUACGGGGGCGGGACGCUGAUUCCGUCGCUGUUCCGGUUUGAUCCACGCCACCUGGUGGGUCAGGAGCUGAACCGGAUGCGCCGGCUCCGGAUUGAGUUCACCGUGGUGGCGUUUCGCCGAUUUGUCUACGCGUUCGGAGGAUCGACGGAGCAAUUCGCAAUUCUCGACUCGGUGGAGCGGUACAACGUUGUGACCAACACGUGGGAGGACGUGGCGCCGCUCCAGGCACCGACACAUUCACUAGCGUCGGUUCUCUGCAGGGAUAAAAUCUACCUCUCGGGGGGGAUCUCAGGGCACGACCGCCAGACCAUGAGUUCUUUCAUCAGCUUCGAUCCAGCGACGCAGAACUACGAGCCGAUGCCAAGUAUGUUCUAUGCCAGGCGGCUCCACGAUAUGGUCGUCUACGACGACAGAAUCUUCGUGUUGGGCGGAAUCCCACGGCCGGGCGUCCCGCUCCACGGACAGAUUCCCAUCGAGUGUUUCAGUUUCCUCACCAACCAGUGGACAAUGUUGUCGUCGACGCUUAGCGGCCGGUCCAUCGGUCAUUACAUGAACUUCGAGAGUCAGAUUCUGUCGCUGGGUCAUGAGCAUCACGGAGCGACGGAAGACGAGAUUUGGCUCUACGAUGCUGACCUCGAUCAGUGGUCGAAAUAUGCAAAAGCUCCUCAUCGGAUGAGUCUCAAUUCGGCCAUCUUUACUCAGCUCUAUGUCAAUUUCGACGACGAGAAAGUCGCAAAGAAAUUUAUCAAGAAAAAAGACGGUAGCUUUUAAAUUACAUUACGUUUUUUUGACAUAUUACAUACAUGUUAGUAAAUUUCAUGUUACAGUGUAUAGAAGAGAAAAAAAAGAAGCUGUUUUUAAGAGAAAGUCGCAAAGAAAUUUAUCAAGAAAAAAGUCGGUAGCUUUUAAAUUACGUUACUUUUUUGUUUUACAUAUUACAUACGUGUUAGUAAUUUUCAUGUUACAGUGUAUAGAAGAAAAAAAGAAUGAGCUGUUUUUAUGAGUAGUGUUUGAAUACUA